UUAUCUCUGCUUCCUGACAGUAUUAAGUCCAGAGCAAAGCCCUGCUUCUUUGACCUGCCCCCAAAUCCCCCUAUAACCCACCAAAAUCCUAUAGGAAGCCUUUUCUAACACCCUCUUACUGAGACACUCCCUGACUGCAGUAAGUCAAUAAAUCCAUCUUUGGUCAAUUACAGGUGAGUUCUUGGUGGUCUUUGGCUGAAGGGCAUUGACUUUGGUAUAAGUAACUCAGACUAGAUGAUGGUGCCAUUUCCUGAGAUGGGAAAAAUGAUUGUGAUCAGUGGUUUUGGUGACAAAUUCUGCUAGCCCUUUAGCAAGACUUUGUCUCUGGAUGCCCCAGAUAGAGCCUGGAAGUCUUGCCAGUCCCUCUCACAAGAGCUCUGAAGCUUUCCCUCAUCCUCCAUGCUGUUCCCUCUAAGGCAUCAUCAACUUCAUUUACAUUAAAACACAGAAGGGAUUAGUAACUGAUUUUUAACGUGUAUUAUGUGCCAAGAAGUGUCCUAAGGGCUUUAGAUGUUUUAAUCCAUUUAAUUCUCCCAUCGGUCUUAUCAACAUAGGUACUACUGCUGAGAAAACUGAGGUACAGAGGUUCCAUAACUUGCUGAGUGAGGAUUCGAACCUAGGUCAUAUUCUAGGUUGGCCAGGGCCAUCCUCCAGCCCCGGAGACUCGGACAAGCAGCCAUCUUGUUUGUAGUCCGCAAGGACUUCAACUCCCGGCAGACCUCGCGUCAGCAGUUCUCCACACACAACAAAUCCCGGCGUGCCCCGGGCGGCUUGGGGUGGAGGGUUCUAGAAGGCGUGACGUGGGUCGGGAGCGGGCUCAGAAGCUGGCGCCUCUUGGCAUCCGCUGUGGCAGCCGCUGCCGGGUCUGGGGCUGCGGGCGGCCGGGGCCGCGGGCGCAGCCUCCUCAUCUCUCCGGCCAUGGCCGCGCUUGGCCGGCCUUUCAGCGGCCUCCCGCUGAGAGGCGGCUCGGACUUCCUACAGCCGCCACCGGCUUUCCCCGGUCGGGCCUUCCCGCCGGGGGCGGACGGCACCGAGCUGGCCCUGCGGUGGGAACCCCGCGCCGCCCUGAGCAGCCCGGGCGGGAGCGCGGCGCGCGGACGUGUUUCAGUUCACCAUAGAAAGAAACACAAGCGAGAGGAGGAGGAGGAUGAUUGUCCAUUAAGAAAGAAAAGGCUAACUGAAGCAGGGCUCUGUGCUGGUCCUAAUGACUGGAUUCUUUGUGCACAUCAGGAUAUAGAGGGUCAUGGAGUAAAUCCGUGCACUAGUGGGCUUUCUGCACCUGACAUGUUAGAUGUUAUUUGUGAAGAGAUGGAUCAGACAACGGGAGAACCACAGUGUGAAGUUGCCCGAAGGAGGCUUCAGGAAAUUGAGGACAGAAUAAUUGACGAAGAUGAAGAAGUUGAAGCUGACAGAAAUAUUAACCAUCUUCCCAGCCUCGUCCUUUCUGAUACCAUGAAAACAAGUUUGAAGAGGGAAUUUGAUGAAGUCUUUACAAAGAAAAUGAUUGAGUCCAUGAGCCGUCCUUCCAUGGAGCUUGUGCUCUGGAAACCUCUCCCUGAACUCCUUUCUGAUAAGCCAAAGCUGUCAUCUAAUGCUAAGAACUACACAGGAGAGAGCCAAACUAAGCAUGCAGCUGCUGGCACUGCCUUCCCUCAAAGAACUGAACUGUUCUUGGAACCUCGGCAAACAGGGUUGCCUGUUUACACUAGUUUGGAGACAGCUGCUUGCACAGAAGAAGAGAUGGAACUCUAGACACCAGUUUCUAUACUAAAGUUGUCAAAUUUUAGAAGGCUUAUGUGUUCAGUCAUGAGCCUGCUUGUACAGUAUAGGGACUUGAAAGUUUUGAAACGGGUGUAAUAUCUCCACCUGUGAUUUGGGGUGGGACUCUCAUUUUGGGUAGCCAUUUCUUGAAUUCAACUUUUGCCAAGGAAACUUGUCUCAAGAGAAAAGCAGUUUUCUAGGGGUCUUAUUAAAGGAAUAAGGAGUACAUUCUGCAAAGUCAAGUAUAGAAGCUAUAUGUGUAAGCAUGACUUUUAAGUCAUCUGUCACAUUGUCUAUAUCAUUCAGAUACUUGAGUUGAAAAAGAUGCAUUAAGAAAGUAGGAUGCUCUCCUACUAUGUGUAUUUUGACAGUCGAGCCACAACUUCAUCUGUAGAUAGGAGCUCUGUUUACAGUGGUGACUAUAUAUGAUCGGGGAGACGGAGGAAGGAGGCAGUAGCUUAAGCCUAUGUUGGGGAAAUUAACAGAGGCUCUGAAACCUGUAUAUUAGUUGUCCAUUCAGUGUAGCUAUAUUGAUUAAAUAGCCAGUAGCGUUGUGGCUCCCCUCUUUGCCUCUGAAAAUGCAAUGAAAAAUACAAAGAAAAGGUUUUUCCUUUGAGGCUCUUUUGCCUUGUGCUACUGUUGCUCCUUGGUUUCCCUUGCAUAAUCCAUAAGCCCAGUUAUUCAGUAAUGUUUACAGCUUAAUUAACUUUGAGUGAUAGUUUAAAAGGUUGUGAGGUAGGGCUUCUCUGGUGGCGCAGUGGUUGAGGGUCCACCUGCCGAUGCAGGGGAUGCGGGUUCGUGCCCCGGUCCGGGAAGAUCCCACAUGCCGCGGAGCGGCUGGCCCGUGAGCCAUGGCCGCUGAGCCUGCGCGUACGGAGCCUGUGCUCUGCAACGGGAGAGGCCACAGCAGUGAGAGGCCCGCGUACCGCAAAAAAAAAAAAAAAAAAAAAAAAAAGGUUGUGAGGUAAACCAUGUGCGAAUUGGCUCUGGGAGAAGCAUCCCUCAGGUAAUCCUGGGGCAGUGCUGUAUCAGCUAAGCCCAGCAUAUAACUUCUGUAGUUAAAAAAAAAGUUGUGCCUGUAUAAGCAAGUUGAGUUUUUUAAUGUUAAUUUAGAAAACAGUGACUGAAUAAUUAGCUGAGCACAUAUGGGCAAGUGACAUUGAGAUUUACUGAAAUAGCCAAUUUGCCUAUUGUUUCAACUAUGGUGCAGUAAGCCUAAAAGUUAGUAGAGGGCUUCCCUGGUGGCGCAGUGGUUGAGAGUCCGCCUGCCAAUGCAGGGGACACGGCUUCGUGCCCCGGUCCGGGAAGAUCCCACAUGCCGCGGAGCACCUGGGCCCAUGAGCCAUGGCCGCUGAGCCUGCACGUCCGGAGCCUGUGCUCCGCAACGGGAGAGGCCACAACAGUGAGAGGCCCGCGUACCGCAAAAAAAAAAAAAAAAGUUAGUAGAGAAUAGCUUCCUGCUAGCAGGAAAUCUUCAUCUUGAGGACCUUACCCAGGCUCAAGGCGUCCUCUGAGGGUAACCAGGAUUGAAGUUUUUUAUUUCUCAGGAAGAGCUUUUCUGCGUGGCAAGGACUCAGUAGUACGAAGUAAAAUGACAAUUUCUUUAGUGCUACAGAAUAUCCACUAUAACUUAUUGAGUGUAAUACUAGCUCUUUUAUCAGACAAUAGGAGACCACCCCAGUUCUUUCUGUUUUGUUUUCUGGGUUUCUUUCGCCUUUGUUGGAAUCAGAUACCUUGUGUAGAAAACAUGGUUUAUGCCAAGUAGAGGUGACUUUAGGAGGCAGCUCCCAGGCAAUUUUGAAACCCAUGCCGAAGUCCCUCCCCUUUUUACAGAUGGCGUAGAAGUCACAAGUCUGUUAACUAGACUGUUUCUUCUCCUGCCUGUUGUUCCUGCUUUCUCUAUUUCUGUCUGGAUAGUCAGGAAAAGAUUUAAUGUUUAAUAUUUAAACAAAAUAUUUAAUGUCUACACAGUAAAAUUAUUCAAACUUCAAACCAGUAUUGAAACAGUUGGAAACCAGCUAAUAGUUUCUUAAUCUCAGAUUUAGAGAUGAAUGUAAACUGUAUUCUGUUGAAAUGUGCAAGUGUUUGAUUCAUGCCGUUUAAAAAACUCCUGCCUCUAGGUAAUUGUUAAUGGGACCAACUUGUAAAGUUUGUAGCCUUAAAGAAACCUCCAUGCAUUUGUUCUGCUACAGCUCAAAAACAUGAAGUGACUGCCUGGAAUUUGGAGUUAGUCCCAGUGUUCACGUGAAGGAGAGGUGACAGCUUUCCAAAGAAGGACCCAAGCACACUAACACUGUCUUCUAUAGGGAUUGUUGGGCAGGCCUGGGAUCCAGGUCUGUACAGUGAACAGGAGGAAAGAAGAGCUCUGAAACAAGGCUCAGAUACCACGGGUAUAUGUAGGAGAGAACUAAUAAGAUUCUGUUAAGAUCCAAGCAGAACUUGUUUCAGGAGUCAUUUUACCUGACGUAAUCAUUAUUUCUGCAGGAAACGUGGACGUUCAAUGCUCCUUUUUAAACUUUAUCCUGCAUAUGUUUGUACAGAAAUUGCCUUCUUCAUCCAUGUGGUGCUUACUCAUCUGAGCCGUCUCCACAGUCCCCAUGCCUCUGCUUUGUUUUUCUUUUGUAGAGUACGGCUUUUGCUUUUGCCAUAAGGUUUCCCUAGGGAAUUAACAGGUCUUUUCAUUUUGUACAGCUUUUGCAGCAUGGAUCAAACAUUGGCUUACUAUGCUAAUGUGUGAAGAGAAAAAAUUAUCUAAAGCAGGUGAGCUUUAAUGAACAAAUGUGUAUUUUCUCUGAGUUUGAUUAGGGUGUGUGUGGUUUUUUUUAUUUCAUAUGAAGAAAGUGCGGUUCUCACAGAUAUUAAUCAAAUAAAAAUUGCUACUCAUUCUUGAAAAGGUGCAAAUGUAAUAUUUAAAAAAUGAGUGGAAGCUAGAACCAUGAGAAAAAUGUUCACCAGUGGGUUCAUUAAUUAUUUUGGAUCUGGAACUUGGUUUUGUUUUUUAAUAGUGAUAAGGAUGGUGGAGUACUUGGAAAGUUGUGGAAGAUGCUGUUUUACUUUAAAAUGAGAAUCUGGUGUUUUUUUAUUUUGUUUUCAAUAAAACUUCUUAAGUGUU